AUGAACAGUGGUGAUCAAAAUGGGUCCUUAAGCAUGAUGAAGAGACGGUGGUUGCAGGAGCACCAGAGAAGACUCAUGUCCCAACCCUACGUCAACAUGUUUCUUUCUUCUCCUCCUCCUCCUCCUGCGCCACCAAUUCAUAAGUUUCUAAAAGAGGAAGAUGAUUUGAUAGCCGGAGUGAUUCCGGCAGUGACGGUUGUGGUGGAGGGACGUUCAAUCUGCCACCGGAUCAACCUUCACAAUCACGACGGCUAUAACAGCUUAGCCAAGGCUCUCCGCUACAUGCUGGUUGAUGACAGUUGCAACGACAAUGAUGAUGAAAAAGGAGUAAUUGAUCUUUCAAAUGCAGUACCAGGACACAUUAUUGCUUAUCAAGACUUGGAAAACGAUCUUCUCCUAGCUGGUGAUCUUAACUGGAAGGACUUCAUAAGGGUGGCAAGGAGAAUUCGGAUAAUCCCGGUGAAGGGGAACUCAAGUAAAGGAAAAAGAUUCAAGUAG